AUGGAAACAAGAACGUCACGUGUACAUUCAUCUUCAUCAUCAUUGUCACGUUCUCGUUCACCAAUAUCAAAUAGUGAAAAACGUAGUGUUUCAACAUCACCAAGACGAGGACCAUCAACACCAGUUAAAUCUUUAAUAGAAAGAAAUGAUAAUAAUAAUGAACAAGAUCCAAAUGAUCGUGAACUUUUAUCAUUCGAUGAUGAUUCUAAAGUAAUAGUUGAUGAGAGGUCAUCACCAAUAAUGUCAGAUAUUGAUCAAAGUCAUCAAAAAAAGCGAUCACGUCAUCGACAUCACCAUCAUCAUCAUCAUCGUAAACAUUCGAAAUCAAAUAAGCGUUCAGCAACACAACAUCAUCGACAUUCAGUUAAAAGAAGUAAAAAAGAAACAGUAUCAACCGUACAUCGGAAUAAAUCGAAUGAUGAAAAUGUUAUUAGUUCACCAGAAAAAAAUACAAGUGAAAGCCAACCAUCCCAAUCAGAACAAGAAAUCUCAUCAUCAAAUGAUGAAUCAAAUGAUGAAGAAGGAAUUGUUGAAGGUGAUAGUACACCGAAUGAACGUCAUAGUCGUCAUCAUCGUAAAAAACAUCGUUCAUCAUCAAAUAAUGAAAAAAAUAGUCAAAGUCCUCAAUCAUCAUCGUUUCCUAUACCUAAAAAUAAUAAAGGUACACAAUUAAUAGUCAAUUAUUUACCAGCAUCAUUACGUGAAUCUGAUUUUUAUCAAUUAUUUGCUCGUAUUGCACCAAUUAAAUUAUGUAAAUUAAUAACUGAUCGUUAUACAGGUCAAUCAUAUUGUUAUGGUUUUAUUGAAUAUCAUACAAAAGAAGAUGCUACAAAAGCUAUUGAAAAAUAUAAUGGAUAUAGAGUUGAACAUAAAAAAUUAAAAGUUUCAUAUGCUCAACCAAAAUCAAAUAAUAAUUAUGAUUUAGAUAAUGUUCAACAUAUGAAUUUAUCAUCAUCAUCAUCAAUACAAAAAAAUCCUAAUAUAUAUAUAACUGAUUUACCAGAUGAUUUUGAUGAAAAAAUGUUAGAACGUCUUUUUUCAAAAUAUGGUGAAAUUGUUCAAACGAAAGUUUUACGUGAUCCGCGUACAAGAAUAUCACGUGGUGUUGCAUUUGUUCUUAUGACAUCAACACGUUAUGCUGAACGAGCUGUUAAAGCACUUGAUGGUUAUGUACCAUCAGGUUCGCAUACACCGAUAUCUGUUAAAUAUGCUGAUCUCAAAAAAACCGUAGCAGCAGCUGCAGGAAAUAAUGGUAACAUGAGUUCAUCAUCUCGUUUAUCAAGUUCAUCAUCAAUGACACCAACUAUUGGAUCAUAUGGAUAUCCACCUGGAUUACCACCAUUGAGUAUGAUUGAUCCAUAUUAUGCAGCAGCUCUUCAUCAUCAUCAUCGAGCAGCAAUAAACAUGAGAGAUUUAAGCCCAUCACCGCCACCACCACCACCACCACCACCUCUACAAUCAUAUUAUAGUAGUGGAUCUAAUCGUUCUUCUCGAAUGCGUGGUUCAUCACCAAAUUUACCACGUUCAUAUUCAUCAUCAUCAUCAAAACAUAAUUCAAAUAUUCUAACAACACCAAGUAAUCUUAAUACAUCAUCAACACUUGCUGCUGCUUAUGAUCUUAUAGCUAAAGGUUGUCAACAAGCUAUUGAUCCAAAUGGUUUUGUAAUAUAUGCAUUUGGUUUACCACAUGAUUGUGAUGAAAAUGAUUUAGAAGAAUUAUUUCGCCGUUAUGGUGAAGUUUAUCGUGUAUAUAUUGUAAGAAAUUAUACAACAGGUGAAUCAAAAGGAUAUUCAUUUAUAACAAUGCGUUAUUAUGAUGACGCAUGUCAUGCUGUUGAUCGUCUUGAUGGUACAACAUUUCAAGGUAGAACAAUUCAAAUCUAUGUAGCAAAUACUUGUUUAUUUGAUUUUCGUAAAAUAUUUGUUACCGGUAAUAAUAAUAGUAGUACGACAUUAACAAAUUUCAAUAAUAUUGCUGCAACAGCUAGUACAAUAUCACAAUUAUUAAAUGGAUUCGAACAUGAUGAUUCGAAUAGUUCAGCAUCUGCUGGUGCUAUUGACGAUGUUUCAAGUAUAAUGAGAAAUCCUUGGGAUCCAUUCCAUUGCGCUGACUGGGAUAUGCAACAACCAAGUGCGACUUGUUUAGCACGAAUUAAACGUGAUAUAUGGAGCGUAUUUAAAGAUCCUCCACCAGGUAUGUUUAUUGCACCGGAUCCUGAUAAUAUCACUAAAAUUCAUGCUUUGAUUGUUGGUCCAUUCGAUACACCAUACGAAGGUGGAUUUUUUUAUUUUCUCAUUCGUUGUCCACCUGAUUAUCCUAUCCGAGCACCUCGUUGUCGUUUAAUGACUACCGGAAAUAAUACAGUUCGUUUCAAUCCAAAUCUUUAUCGUAAUGGUAAAGUUUGUUUAUCUAUUCUUGGUACAUGGAGUGGUCCAUCAUGGUCUCCAGCUCAAUGUAUAUCAUCAUUACUUAUUUCUAUUCAAUCACUAAUGUCGGAAAAACCAUAUCAUAAUGAACCCGGUUUUGAACAUGAACGUACAUCAGGUGAUUCAAAAACAUAUAAUGAAAUAAUAAAACAUGAAACAUUACGUGUUGCUGUAUGUGAAAUGCUUGAAAAUGAAAAUUCAUGUCCACAACAAUUACGAGAAGUAAUGAUCAAACAAUUUUUUGAUUUCUAUGAUUAUUAUGUUGAAGUAUGUACAGAAAAUUCAAAUAAAGAUGGACAACAAAUGAUGGAUCCAUUUGGUGAUCGUCGUGGUCUAUUUGAAUAUGGAUCAAUAUUACAACGUUUAAAAAAAUUAAAAGCAAGAUUUGAAUUAUUACAAAGCACAAAUAAUAAUAAUGCAUGUUCAUCACGUUCAUCAUCAAUAUCAAAACAUCAACAUAUUGAUGCACGUACUCGUGAAAUAAUGAAUGAUGCUGCGGCACUUGAUCCAAAUCCAACAUCAAAUGAUCCUACAAAUCUUGAUGAUAUAUUUGAUCAUGAAGAUGAUGAACCAGAUUCAUCAAUGGAUGACGAUGAUGAUGAUGAUGAUAAUAAUAAUCAUGAACAACAAUUAAAAGAUUCUGAGUCAAUACCAACUAUUCAAAAUGCUGAACAGUCGAAAGAAAAAAGUUCAACAUGA